UUAUUAUUCUCAAGUACAAGCAUAAUAUAGCUGCACUAUGUCUUCAGUUCAAAGCUUCUCUCAAACUCCCAAUGGCUUGUCGAUUGCUCCCCUGCCCACAAUUGACUAUGCCCGCCUCGAAGCGAAAGAUGUUGAAGAGACCCAGCGACUCCUGGAUGCCUGCAAAAUAUAUGGGUUUUUCUACUUGAACUUCAAGAAUAUUGGAACAAUUCUAGAUGACUGGCAACAGGUUCUUCGCAUCAUGGAGAAAUACUUCAGUCAGGAUCUUAUGACGAAGAUGAAAGAUGACCGUCGCAGUGAUACCUACGGCUAUGAGCCCUGCGGAACCUCAGCAGGAGCAAUUAAUGGUACACUGGACUUCUACGAGACCCUGAAGAUUGCCCGCUCAGAAAUAUACGGACAGUCACCAUGCCUCCCACAAGCCGCCAAAGAUAACCUCGAACUUUUUGACCGCUUUAUCCGAGCCUCUGAUACGAUCACCACUACCAUUCUGGCCCGCCUUUCUGAUGUCUUCGGUCUGAGCUCCGGUUCGCGCUUCGAGGAUAAACAUCGCCCAGGAGGGAAAUCACGAAGUACACUGACCCUCUUCCGAUAUCCGAAGCAAGAGACACAAGAUAAUAAAGUCGGCCAUAAUAAGCACACCGACAUCGGAACCCUCACACUACUAUUUAGUGAGCAAUGGGGUUUGCAGGUCCUUUCAUCUGAAACGUCGGAGUGGAAAUUUGUCGCCCCAAUGCAAGACCAUGUUGUCGUCAAUGUGGGUGACUCGCUCCGGUUUCUCUCUGGUAAUCUACUCAAGUCAUGCGUGCAUCGGGUUACACCCGCAAAUGUGUCUGGUCGUCAAGAGGAGCAUCGGUACAGCAUCGCGUAUUUUCUAAGAGCGGAGGAUGUAGUGCAAUAUAGGGAUAGCAAGGGCCGGAUGAUCAGUGCUAGAGAUUGGCAUGAUGAGAAAUAUAAUGUGUUUCGAUUGAGCCAUGAUGAGUCUAAUAGCGACAGGAUUCUGACAGGUGGGAUGGAGAAGGGUGAACAGUUCAUUGUUUCUUAAUAUCUUGUGAGAUGGGUGCGGUAUAAUUCGUUCUGCUUGGUCUCGUCCAUUGUGCUUUUUGCAUAUUCAG